GGACUCCUUGUCGGUCACUGGGCAUGCGUCAAUGACAUGGACUGGGAAUCACUCGUGGAAGAGCACUUGUUGAAGUCGAGUGAUAAAUUGAGUGGCAUCGCAUUAGUGUCACGUCACGGUCAUGUCAUCAGUUGCAGAGAAGAACUUGCAGCCAACAUACCAGAAAGCUACUGGAAUCAGUUCCAAUUACUCUUCACUAAAAGACACACUCCAGAAGUUGGUAGACUGGUGCUGCCUGCAGACGACUGUGAUGAAGAUGAUGUGUUCAUAGUGCAUACACGAACCGAAACAAGUGUCUAUGCAACUACCAAGGGAAACUUUCGUGGCCUAGUAGCAUGUCUCCUGCCACACGGAGUGCUCGUAUGUUCCUAUCACGCUCCACAGAGCCCUCACACGGUGGCAGACUUGGUAGAGAGGUUUUGUGAAAUACUGAGAUCAUGACCAUUGCAUGAUGCCAUUUGAUACAGAACGUACAGCAGACACAGAAAUCUAUACUGCCUAACACAUAGCACAUACACUAAUGACUACUCUAGAGUAGACAGUUAGCAGCACAACAGUCUCUGAAGCAAAAGUGGACAAAUUCUCAAUUCACUUUUGUCCUUACACCCCUUCAAUGAUG